CAGGAAGGGGGGAACAGAGUCCGAGUUUGACUCAUCUCCCACCUCACCAAGGCUGAGAGUCCAGCUUUGCAACAGAAAACACUUCAGGCCCAGCACAGAAGCCACGGAGAGGCAACUCUCCUAUUGCUUCCCCCUACCAUGGAUUACCUCCCGGCCUUGAACCCCAAAGACCUACUCAGGUCAGUAUCCAGCGUGAGCUCCGAGUUUGGCCGUAGGGUCUGGAGCUCAGCUCCACCUCAGCGACCUUUCCGCGUCUGUGAUCACAAGCGAACAAUCCGCAAAGGCCUGACAGCUGCCACCAGGCAAGAACUGCUAGAUAAGGCACUAGAGACCCUGAUGCUGGGUGGAGUGCUAACACUGGUACUAGAAGAGGAUGGGACUGCUGUGGAGAGUGAGGACUUCUUCCAACUGCUAGAGGACGACACAUGCCUGAUGGUGCUGGAGACUGGGCAGAGCUGGACCAGUAGGAGUGGGAUGCUGUCAUAUGGCCUGGGCCGAGAGAAACCAAAGCACAGUAAGGACAUUGCCCGCAUAACCUUUGAUGUAUAUAAGCAAAAUCCUCGAGACCUCUUCGGCAGCCUAAACAUCAAAGCAACAUUCUACGGGCUCUACUCUAUGAGCUGUGACUUCCAAGGAGUGGGUCCAAAAAAAGUACUCAGGGAGCUCCUCCAUUGGCUCUCCAAGUUGCUGCAAGGCCUUGGGCAUAUUCUGCUGGGAAUUUCCUCUACCCUUCGCCAUGUAGUCGAGGGGGGCGAGCACUGGCAGCAUCAGGGUCGCCUCCAUCCCUACUGAAAAGAGAGUCUGAGCUUUUGUCCGACUUGUUCUAUGAGACACGCUGUGAGGACUGUGACAGCAUCCCGUUUCAGGACCUGCAGGCAGUGCAGACUAACCAACACCUGAUUUCCCCCACAACCUCUGACCUCACUGCAAUGGAAUCCAUCAGCAUAAGGCAUUACUCCCCCAACCGAACUCUCUACUAAACAUCCUAUCCUGCCCUCAUCUGCAGCCCCCCACCUACCCUGAAAGGCCACAACCUGUUCCCAAGCAUCAAGAAGCCACCCUGCAUCCUUACCAACUCCCUAUCCCUAAGCUCCCCAUCACAUUGAUGACAGCCCUGUCUGACUUUAUCUUGAGACCUCAAUUUCCUCAUAUGUUUUACCUAAAAAUAAAAUCCCAAUAAAAAUAUAAGAAUGUUUUAUCAA